AUGGCCAUCGAAAAGAACCUCGGCAGCCCCCCUCCCAAGGGCGUCUUCGCAACUGCAAAGCAGUCAUGGGGCGAUCUUUUCCGCUGGAAGCAGAGGGUCCUCGUCACGAACGAGCUCGGCGAAUCCCACACGGAAUGGCAGGCUCCCGAGAAACUCCAAAAUCCCCUCUCGCUCUUUAUGCAGUUAAACGCCAAGCAAUGGGCUUAUUUUCUCGUGGGGUUCUUCGCUUGGACGGCUGAUGCCUUCGACUUCCAUGCUCUGUCGAUCCAGACCGUCAAGUUGUCGGCAUACUUCGAACGCAGCAAAACGGAGAUCAGCACGGCGAUUACCUUGACGCUGCUUCUGCGAUCUGUCGGGGCCGCUGCCUUCGGUCUGCUUGGUGACCGGUUUGGCCGGAAAUGGCCCAUGGUUUCGAAUUUGGUAGUUCUUGGUCUAUUACAGAUUGCCACGAUAUACAGUGCCACAUUCCAACAGUUUCUAGCUGUCCGAUCCUUGUUCGGUAUAUUUAUGGGCGGCGUGUAUGGUAACGCUGUCGCGAUGGCUCUCGAGAACUGCCCUGUCAACGCGCGUGGUCUCAUGAGCGGUAUUCUACAGCAGGGUUAUUCUUUAGGAUACGUUCUUGCGGCCUGUGCCAACUUGGGAGUCGGCGGUGCUCCAGAGACCUGGAAAACAGUCUUCUGGAUUGCCGCUGGGUUCUCGAUCGGCAUCGGUUUAAUCCGUUGCUUCUUCCCAGAAUCGAAGCAGUUCAAAGCUGCCAAGGCGGCUGGCCACCACAUCUCGGCAGGCGACUUUUGGAGGGAAACCAAGUCAAUGCUGGCCCAGGAGUGGCGCGUGUGCAUAUACUGCAUCAUCCUGAUGACCUGGUUCACGUACUACGCACACGCGAGCCAGGACAGCUACACCACGUUUCUGCUGGAGUCGAAAGAGCUCCCCAACGAUGCUGCUACCCGCGCCAGUAUCCUCAUGAACACGGGGGCCUGUGUUGGUGGAGUUAUAGUGGGCCAUCUCUCCCAGUUCGUCGGUCGUCGUCGGGCCAUCAUCGGCGCUGCCCUGAUUAGCGGCUGUAUAAUUCCCGCCUGGAUUCUCCCCGGAACCGAAGCAAGCCUCUCUGCGUCCGGAUUCGCAAUUCAGUUCUGCAUCCAGGGCGCCUGGGGCGUGAUCCCCAUCCACCUCAACGAACUAUCCCCGCCCGCUUAUCGGUCUACCUUCCCGGGCAUCGUGUACCAGAUAGGAAACAUGGUAUCUGCGCCGGCCGCGCAAAUCGUCAACGCCAUUGCUGAAGGCAACUUCGCCGUCGGCAAGGACGGGAAAUUGGUCGAUGCGUACGGCCCAACUAUGGGGAUCUUCCUUGCCAUUCUGGUAGUCGGCAUUAUGGCAAUCAUUGCCGUGGGCCCGGAGAAGCGUGGCCGGUCUUUUGAACAUGCUGGGCCUGCUGGUGCUAAUAUUCAGGUCGAAUCGGAGAAUAGUAUCAAGGAUUCCGAGCUGAACGCUAUCCCCAAGACCACAUCCAUCGAUGCCGAUUCCAGCGCCAGUCUAGCUCAAGCUACCCAGCGCCACGCGAGGGGGCCGUGUCAGCUACACCUGCCCCAAACGCUAACGCUGGCGCUGGCGCCGGCGCCGGCACAUCGACACCGAACCCCUGCGCCAUAUCCUUCAGGCCAUUCUUCCGAGUGGAGAAGGGCGCCAUCGCUGCUCAUCUUCGGAUGUGACAACUUUACCGAUUACCAUGGGAUUUGA